AUGGGGCCUAAAAUAUAUUUAUCAAAUGAGGAAGAAAUUCGAAUUAAAAAUUGGAUUCUAGCCAAGGCAGCAGUUGGUUUUCCAGUCAGGCCUGAUGAUGUUAGAGACUCUGUACAAAAUGUAUUCAAACUAUGCACCCGUGAGACACCUUUUAUUAAUUGUAGGCCAGGUAUUAAAUGGUUAAAUUUAUUUUUAAAUCGCCACAAAGAAAUUGGAAAAAGAAACGCUGAAGUUGUAUCAAAAGUUUGGUUUGCUGGUGUGAAAUUUUUUUUAAUAAAUGAAACUGUUUAG